AAGAAAGGGAAAUUACAGUUAAUUUUCUAAUAAAGCAGAAUUUUAUAUGAUUAUUUUUUUUACCUUACGCAUAAGAGAAGCUUAUGUGUUUUCAUAAUCUUAUUUCUUAUUUUUUUCCAGUAGUCAUUUUUUUUAAAAGGGAGAGUCUAAGAAACUAGAAUAGGUGAUAGAUCCCAUAUUAAUGUUUAAAGGGUUUUAAAAAAAAUAGCACCGAGAGCUUUAUUAAUUUGCAAGCUUUACAUUUCUGAUAUAUGUAUCCACAUGGAGCAUACAUACACAAGUAAAUAACUGUUUGUGGUUGGGUUAUUGAUACAAUAGUUAAUGCAUAGUCACAGCUAUUCUGAUUUUUUUAAAAGUGUAUUCUGUUAAAUUUCUAGGGCAUGUCUUGUGUUGCAUAUUAUUAAAUAAGCAAGCGAGUUGUUCGCGACAUGGAGGGGACAGUAUUCCUUGCUGCCCCUGGCGGAUUGAUUUACGCCUCAUUGACGCUUUAUCAGACACACAGAACAACUCCGACCAAUCACUUCGCUGGGAGCUCACAACACAGCAGCCCAGCUGUACUUUGUUGGCUCCGAAGUUGAGAAAGGCUGGUGUACAAAUCUAGUAACUGUCCUAUAUUUUCCCCCCUUCUAUGAAGCGUGGGUUGUAUGAUGUCUGAGAAUGUCCAUUUCUGGAGCUCUUAGCAAUUACUAUGUGGAUUCAAUCAUAAGUCACGAAAGCGAAGAUGCGACCUCAGCCAAAUUCUCCAGCGGACACUAUGCGAGUUCUAGACCCCCUGGACUUCCUGAGCAUAUAGAAUUUCCUUCGUGUAGCUUUCAGCCGAAACCUCCGGUUUUUAGCUCAUCUUGGAAUCCCUUUAAUCCGCAUUCGUCGACCGGCUUGUCUGCCGUCUACCAUCCAUACCUCCCAUCUCAGAAUGUCCCGUCUCCGGAUAGCAGGUACCUGCGGACUUGGCUCGAUGCAGUCCCAAGGACAGACCCUCUGCCCGGGCAGGGACAGGUCAAAGUAGAGCCGCUAUUUGGACACCUCGGAGAGACCCAGAAAAUCGGAGGACAGGAGUACAGUUUGGAGUCGUCCGCUGGAAGGGACGUUAAUUCCAAUCAAGGCCCCGGCUUCGAUGACAAUAAGGACAUUUGCGAGGCUAGCGAAGACAAAGACAAAGCAGAUCAAAGCGACCCUUCGGCGAACUGGCUGCACGCCCGCUCCUCUCGGAAGAAAAGGUGCCCUUAUUCCAAGUACCAGACCCUGGAACUGGAGAAGGAGUUUUUAUUCAACAUGUACCUCACCCGGGACCGGCGACACGAGGUGGCCAGGCAGCUGAACUUGACUGAAAGACAGGUCAAAAUCUGGUUCCAGAACCGGAGGAUGAAAAUGAAGAAAAUGAACAAGGAGCACCCGAAAGAGUAGGACGGGAAAAGACGGAACCCCCCGAUGGAUCGAUACAGCAGCUGUCUUUGUUUGAGACAGUUUAUUUUUUGUUACCCCUCCCCCAAAAUAUAAUGUAAUACAAAUGUGUCCUGCUUAGAUAUACAUAUUCCUGUAGUUUUCCUGUGAGAGAAAACAAAUAUAUAGCUUUAAGAUAUUCCUACAGAUUUUUAUUUUUUUUUUAGUAUAGAGGCAUUCCAUUGCUUUUGCAUUGUUUUAUUUUAGUAUUGUAAAAUGGCUGUCUCAAAUAAUGUUCGCUAGGUUUGCAUAUACAGCACAAUUAGACUAGCUAGGACAGUCACAUCUGAAGAAAGAACGGUUAGCCGUGUUAAAUAACACAUUAAAGAUAGUCUUUACUAUUAGUUACUUGUGUAGAAAAGGAAUCCGAUUAAAACGGCCUCGUUUGCACGCUUAGAGUCUUUGGCAA